UGGCGAGUGGUUUUAAUAUUUCAUAAAAGCUCCGGAUGGUUUUUGACACCGUUCAACUAUGCUGGCUUUGUAGAAGAUAUACUGGUUGCUGCGGGGAAGCCUGCAGUAACUUUGAAAAGCCAGUAGAUGCUGACUCUUGGGGUUGCAGUGCAUGGAAUCCUGAAGUUCUCGACUACCUAGAAGAACCGGCCACGGCUACUAAUCCAGAAUUAUCCAGAAUUGCUGAUUUGGUGGACAAAACACCAUUUGAGCAAACGAUUCCAGGAGGAACGGACCCAACGGAAUACACUUGUUUGUGCAAGGGAGAGGCUCCGCUCAUUGAUCCAACCAAAAUGUUGCUUGUGGACUUGUGGAUGUCCUUUUGCAUUGAAUGUUAUCUCGUUGAGUUUGCUUGCCGCCAAUGACUAAUCUCAAGAGGAUGGACGGUCUUGGGCCAUUCCCAGCAAAACAUCCAGAAGGCAUUGCAAGUGCCAGGGUUUUGGUGCCUUGGAUCCACGAUCCC